AUGGGGCAAAAGCGCGUCAACAAAGGCCCAUCAAGGUACAAGCUCUACCAGAGGUCUCUCGCUAUCCUUGGCAGGAUUCAUAAGAACGAGACCGAAGGUAAAGCUCAUCCCAAAGAUGAGGCUGACAGGGCAAGGUGUCAAAAGGUGGUGGACGAAUAUCUGGCAUUCCAAACCGCCCGAAAGACAGAGGCCAAAAAACGCAACCGUUCUCAAGACGAAAAUAAAAGGGCAACAAAGAAGCACAAGAUCUCAGAUCAGGGUGCGGUUGUCCCCAAACUCACGAAACAAUUCAGUGAGGUGGCAAGGGACCAUCUUCAAAUGGCACUGGUGGACGAAACUUCCAACCGCGGCAAACCUGUGCUGGAAAAAUGGUCGGAGAUUGAGGCUCGGUUGUCUCGCAUAAUCGUCGACCAUGUCAUGGCGAACCCGGAGGGUCAAUCGCCAGGUUUCGACUCGGUGGAAGUGGUUCGCGGUUGCCGGGUAAUCAAAUGCGAUGACCAGUACUCAUUGCAUUUCCUGACAAAAGCGAUUGGUGAAAUCCAGAACAGCUGGGAUGGCUUGAGGCUCAAGCUCAUUCCAGCUAGCGAGAUACCACGAAGGCCGAGGGCUCGCAUCUGGAUACCAAACAUGGAGUUUGAAGCCAAUCAGUUAAUUCCCUAUCUCCAGGCUCACAACCGCGCAGUGCCGAUGGCCGAUUGGUCGAUCAUCAAAGCGGAGGCUCCGCAAAAGCACAGCGUGUCGUUCCUCCUUCAAAUUACAGAAGAGAGCCUUGAACCACUGCAAAAAGUGGAAAAUAAACUUCGGUUUGGCAUACGGAAGGCCCAGCUGAAGAUAUUCCGUUCAGCGAAUCCGGAGGAGGAGCAGGAUGAGGUUGACGGCACCAGCGAACUGCUGACUGGCAUGCAGUUAAAUGACGCCGAACCUGCGGAAGCAAACCAAUAA